AUGGCUGAAUGGUCCACAGCUGUUUUAGGUGUUACCUUGAGGUUCAGCAGCAUCGCUGCAUUGGUGCUUGUAAUCUCAGACUUUGAUGCUUUCUUUCCUCCAGGAGAGGAUGAGGAGGAAGCUGCAGCAGCUGUGGAUCCGUAUGAACUUCUGGAAGCUGUGGAGAUUCUCUCCAAGGUUCCUAAAGAUUUCUACGAGAAAAUAGAAGCUAAAAAGUGGCAGGAGAGGAAAGAAGCUCUGGAGGUUGUCGAGGCUCUGACCAAGAACCCCAAACUAGAGAAUGGACACUAUGGACACCUGGUUAGAGCACUAAAUGAGCACCUGGACUCUGCAGGGAUGUAUGUGAGGAUCCUUCAUUCCCGGCAUUCAACACCAUCAUGCCCAACAUUCUCCACCAAAAACUCUCCAACCUCUCUGUGCCAGCUCCCACAUGGACAAUCAGCACCGGCACCCGUCAGAGGUGUGUGCUCUCCUCACUGUUCUUCUCACUCUACACAAAAGACUGCACCUUAGGGAACCCCUCUGUUAAAUGCCUGUUUGCAGAUGAUACCACCACCACUGGUUCAUCUAGGAUGGUUAUUAGGCUGCAUAUAGACAGGAGGUGGAACAGUUGGGCCUCUGGUGUGGUCACAGCAACCUGGAGCUGGACCCGCUCAAGACUGUGGAGAUGAUAAUGGAUGCGCCCCUCCCCACCACCACCCGUCCUCAACGGCAUUGUGCCUGCUGUGGAGACUUUACGUUUCCUAGGAUCCACCAUCUCCCGGGAUCUGAAGUGGUCCUCCGCCAUAGACUCCAUCAGGAAAAAGGGACGCCAGAGGAUGUACUACUUCCUCAG